AUGGCCUCUCAAUCAUCAAAUCAUUAUCGUGUUUAUAUAAAAAAUCUCAGUUACCUGACAAGCGAGAAAGAUUUAGAGGAGUUAUUUGGAAAAUUUGAACCGGUUAAUGUGUUGAUUCCUAGUUACACAAUCCAUUUCAGUAGAAGUGGUAGACACAGGCCCUUAGGAAUUGCUUAUGCCGAGUUUAGAACUCCAGAACAGAUAGAGUCUGUUGUCAAAGAGUUUGACGGUCAUGUCUUAAAGAAUAGAAAAAUAACUGUUAAAAAACAUAUGGCUUAUGAUCCAAACAAUCGUCGUUUUUCAUUUAAACGCAAAUCAAAUAUAAAGAAUGGUAAAAUGAAUCAGGGUGGCUCCCUGACUGGUGAGAUACUUGCACCUGUUGCAAAAGAGUUUUUGGUACGUGAUGAUGAGACCGUCUCAAUUGGACAACAGAAGAAGAACCCCCCUCGCAAACCAGAGCUCUCAAUGGAUACUAUUAUGAUUCAAAAAGUUCAUGGUAAAGUUACUGAUGAAUCUCUCAAAGAUUUUUUCAAAGAGUACAAUCCCAGUCAAAUCUACAUAUUCAAAAGCAAAAAACCAAAGCUCAAUCCCAUGAAUCUUACUGGAUCGCAUGUAAAUGUUUUAGUUAAACUUGAUGUUACCCAAACAAAGUUAGAUGAGAUCAUUUCCAACUUGAGAUCCCAAAAAAUGAAUGGGAGAUACAUCAGUAUGAAACCUGCCUACAAGUCAAAAGUUUUGGAAGUAGAAAAAGCCAUCGCUGAGCUGAAAUCGCUCGAAAAUACUGGAGAAGGUGAAAACAUGAUUGUUGACGAGAAAGCAUCUCCAACUAAUAAACAUGGAAAGAAUGCUGAGCAUGAUAAUCUGGAAAUUUCCCUUAUUGGCACCGUUUCGAAUUGUUGA